CAUUUCACUCGAAACUCCCCGCCGCCCUGGCAAGCAUUGAGCAGGUCCUGUCCGUUUAAACCGAGAAGACACCCAUACCAAGUCCUCAAUGCAAAAAAAAAUAAAAAAUAAAAGGGUGCCAAGAAGCUGGGACGGAGGAACGUGGGUGUAAAUAGACAGUGAACGCUGUUGCUCUCUCUCUCUCUCUCUUGCUCUCUCUUUCUCUCUCCCCCCCCCCUCUCUCUCCCCUCUUCUUUCCUCUCUUUCUUUCUCUCUUUUAUGAAAUCAAUGAACGAGUUAUUGGGUAAGACAUAAAUACAAGGAAUCAAAACCUCCAUCGGGACCAACUGGGCACUGCGCGCUUUUUUUAUUUUUUGAUAUGAGUCUUCGCCGCACGCUACAUGUGUUUUCCAAUCAUUGUAAAUACUGGCUUUGAUAGGACGAGAGCGGACCCUCUCUGGCACGACUUGGUCUCGGAUCCCAAUUUUCUUUUUUUUUUUCUUUUUUUUUAUAUUAUUUUUUAUUUUUCCUCUUCUUCUUCUUCUUCUUCUUCUUCUUCUUCUUCUUCAAAAAAAGAGAGAAAACGAUUCCCCGCCCGUCGCCGUCUGCCGCCGUCGUCCUGUACCUCUACCCAACUCUCACCGCGGCAGGUCCGAAGAUGGCAACUUUAACCAACGGGCAGGUGGACGGCGCGGUGCACGGUGUCGGUGUCGUGUCCGCCAGCACGAACGGGCUCGUGAACGGAUUAAGCCACAGCCCGGCGGGAUGCCCGGCCACCAUACCCAUGAAGGACCACGAUGCCAUCAAACUCUUCAUCGGCCAGAUCCCCCGCAACCUGGACGAGAAGGACCUCCGGCCCCUCUUCGAGGAGUUCGGCAAGAUUUACGAGCUCACUGUGUUGAAGGACCGCUUCACGGGCAUGCACAAAGGCUGUGCCUUCCUCACCUACUGUGCCAGAGAGUCAGCCCUGAAAGCCCAGAAUGCAUUGCAUGAGCAGAAGACCCUGCCAGGAAUGAACAGACCGAUCCAGGUGAAGCCAGCAGAUAGUGAGAGUCGAGGAGACAGAAAGCUCUUUGUGGGCAUGCUUAACAAGCAGCAGUCGGAAGACGACGUGCGGCGCCUCUUUGAGUCCUUCGGCAGCAUCGAGGAGUGCACCAUCCUCCGAGGUCCCGACGGAAACAGCAAAGGUUGUGCGUUUGUAAAAUACUCGUCUCACGCUGAAGCUCAGGCAGCCAUCGGUGCACUACACGGCAGCCAGACGAUGCCUGUGUGGGUGGGCGUACAGGGUGCCUCGUCCAGUCUGGUGGUAAAGUUCGCUGACACGGAUAAGGAGCGCACCAUCCGCCGCAUGCAGCAGAUGGCUGGUCAGAUGGGUAUCUUCAACCCCAUGGCCCUGCAGUUUGGAGCCUACGGAGCCUACGCUCAGGUGCAGCAGCAGGCGGCGUUGAUGGCGUCUGUAGGACAGGGGGGCUACCUUAGUCCUAUGGCGGCCUUCGCAGCAGCCCAGAUGCAGCACAUGGCCACCAUCAAUGGCCUCCCCGGAGCACCGCUGACCCCCACGUCAGGUGGCAGCACUCCUCCGGGCAUUAGCGCCCCCACAGUGACCAGCAUCCCCUCCCCCAUUAGCGUUAAUGGUUUUACUGGCAUGCCGCCGCCCCAGGCGAACGGGCAGCCGCCGGCAGAGGCUGUCUUCACCAACGGGAUCCACCAUUACCCGGUGUUGCAGGAGGUGGUUUUUAGGGAGGACUCAGAGAAAAACGGCUUGGGCGUGGCUCCGCGGAGUUGUUUUGGGGUUCAGGGUGGCUGCUUCCUCUCCUCUCUCUCUGAAGGUAGCGCUCCUCUCCCACCCGCCCUCACUCUCAUCUCUCACCAGGCUCAAAACGGUCGGGAAGAUCAGAACCCUAAAUAUUUUGUGGUUUUUUGUUUUUUUGUUUUUUUUGGCUGUUGUGACAUUUCUGGAGAAAACUGGGAGGGAUUGUAAUCUCUGAAGAUGAACAAGAUGAACCGGCAGGCUCUGGGGGAGCUGCAGUGAUUCACAGCCCAGACGGCAGAAUGUGUUCGCAGGACAUCGUUCAGAUAAGCG